AUGGCAAGUGAGAAGUCUGUGUUGGAGCACACUUUCAAGUUUCUAGAUCUUUACGUUCCUCAAUGGUUUGAGAAAAGGGACUUAUCGCAGGAUAAAUCGCCAUUGUUCAUUCUUUUAUCCGGACCUCAGGGAUCUGGUAAGUCCUACACCGCUCAAUUUGUUUACAAAUAUUUGCUAGAGAAAUAUGGUGAAUCGAAGAGGGUUGUACAGAUGUCAAUUGAUGAUUUCUACUUGACUCAUGAGGAUCAGAAAGAGUUUAGUGACAAAUUCGCAGAUAAUAAGCUGUUACAAGGACGAGGACUCCCUGGAACCCACGACAUUCCACUUUUGUCUAAAUGUAUUAAUGCGCUGAUUUCUGGAGAGGAUUCAAAGGUCAUUUUGCCUCAGUACGACAAGUCGAAAUUUAAUGGUGAAGGUGACAGGUGUGCAAAGGGCAAAGAAGUGACACUGCCACUUGAUAUUGUUGUAUUGGAAGGCUGGUUUUUGGGUUUCUCACCCAUACUAGAACGUCAGGAGAUUAGUACAAAUCCUCAUUUGCAAAGUAGUGCCGAAAUGGUCCAGGUGAAUGCGAAUUUGUUCUUUUACAAAGAUAUGUUAUGGAACAAUCCAGAAAUAAAAUCUUUGGGGAUUGUAUUUGCAGCCGAUGAUAUCCAUGAUGUAUAUAAAUGGCGCUUGGAACAAGAACAAGCGCUAAGAAAGACCACGGGUGAGGGGAUGACCGAUGAAGAAGUGAAAAAAUUCAUCGACAGGUAUUUCCCUUGUUAUCAGCUAUACUACGACGAUCUUGUAAGCGGCGAAGACUUGGGUUCGAUCGCUACCUUAACAUUAGGAAUUGAUUUGCAAAGGACUGUGUACUCGGCUAAAGAAAGAUGUAUCGAAUAG